AUUAUUAUUAUUAUUCCCGGCGUUGCUUCUACCUCACUCUCUCCCACUCCCACCAAAUCCCAACCCCCAAAUCCAACUUUUCUCUGUAAUUAUAUGCUUUAAUUCUGUGGACUUUGUUCAAUUCGGUAGUCAUUGAUCGCCGGAAUUCGUUUUCGGUCAGAGAUGGAGUUAGAGCAAUCCCGGCCGUUCAAUCCGGCCAUGACCUUCGACGAGGUCUCCAUGGAGCGCAGCAAGAGCUUCGUCAAGGCCUUACAGGAGCUCAAGAACUUGAGGCCUCAGCUUUACUCUGCUGCGGAAUAUUGUGAAAAGUCGUAUCUUCAUAGCGAGCAGAAACAAAUGGUACUGGAUAACCUGAAAGAUUAUGCUGUGCGAGCCCUUGUUAAUGCUGUUGAUCACCUUGGCACUGUGGCCUACAAGUUAACUGACCUUCUUGACCAGCAAACCUUAGAUGUUUCAAACAUGGACCUGAAAGUUACUUGCCUAAACCAGAAACUUCUUACAUGCAAAACAUUCAUGGAUAAAGAAGGUUCGAGGCAGCAGCAGCUGUUGUCAUUCAUCCCAAGACAUCACAAGCACUACAUUUUACCCAAUUCUGUCAAUAAGAAGGUACAUUUCAGUCCACACCUGCAGACUGAUACUCGGCAACAUGCUUAUCAAGCAAGACCACAUGUUCAACCGUCAAGUGCCACUGCAGCAAAAACUCUUUCCUGGCAUUUAGCUUCAGAAACAAAAUCAACCUUGAAGGGGACUUCGCAUGGUCUGGCUAGCUCUGCAGACACAAAAGUUUCUGUAAAUACAUCUGGCACUUUCCAGCUUUUAGAUAAUGAGGGGAGUGCCACUACGAAAUCCUCGGGUGCUCACGUGCAGCUACCAAGUCAAUUUCCUGGUUCUGAAACAUUUGUUGCUGGACAUAGGGAUGCGGUGGAUGGUUACAGGCCACUAGGGGCGGCCAGGUCAUUUGACAACCAAAAUCGACAGAUCGUGCGAGUUCCUGUUCGCAGCAAAAGUCUGCUAUCAGCUUUUUUUGUCAAACAGAAAAGCACAAAGCUGAAGACUCGGUCCGUCUCCUGAGACCUUUCUAAAACAAGUUAAGACCCGACUACCUGAUCAUCCCACGCUAUGUGGGUCAAAUUGCCUGUAAAUCCUUCCCAUGUGUUUUGGCUUCAAGCUUUUUUGUUGACCAUUCGUUAUUCAAUAGCUUGGAAUCAAAAUUCUUUUUCCCUCUCUAUGACGCCUUACACUAGGCUGCUUAAUAAUGAACAGAAUUGUGCACAGAUGUCCAGUAAUCAAGUAGUUGUUGGGCCAUGUUGAUUUGUCUUCUGAAUCAUUCUGGUAAAUGUCAGUGUUAAUCUUUUGUUA